AUGUCCGGCGCGGAGGCCUUUCUUGCUAUCAGCAUCAUUGUAAACAUCGCGGACCUACUCGACCGCAUCAAUACAAUGUUCGGUAGGGUCAAAAACUUCGGCGGCAGAGCUAGGAAUAUGCCCAAGGCCUUUCGAACUCAGAAAACAAUGCUUCCUCUCUUGGUCGUCACCCUCAACAAGACUAUGAGUCGAAUAAAAGCCGCCAAAGUUGACGAGGAAACGUGCGCGGCACUCUGUCUUAUUAUCACGGAUUUUCGAGAACAACUCGCAGAAUUAAACGCCGUACUGGAAAGAACCUUGCCGCAGGAUGGUGAUAAGUGGUGGAAGAUCAUAUUGAAGGCAUGGUCGAGCGUGCGUCAAGACGAAAAGGUCGAGGCAAUCUCAGCCGCGAUCAAUGCGUAUAUUGGUGCAAUUACCAUGAACUUUACGAAUGACGCGUUAUCGCUCAUGUCGAUGCCAAUGAGUGCUGAUCAGAGGCCUAUUCAACUUACCGAUGCUAUUGGGAGGACACACCUGGUGCCUUUCUUCAUCUCGCAGACGGUUCAGGGUUUAGUCUGUUUCCUCAUGUGGGCGUUGAAAGACUGUCCAGAGGUGGAUUUGAAGAGGAGAAUUGAACUUGGCGAAUUUUGGCUCAUGCCAUGUGAUGGGGAGCAUCUCACAAAAGCAGGUCGAACAAUUAGGGAAGGCCCGGCAAUUUUAGCGGAUACCUGGGAAGGAAAUGCUCAGCCAGGGAAGUCCUUUGUUAUGAUCACGGCGGAUGAUCUUACCCCGGACGAAAGGAGAUUGGUACACGGGACAUGGGAGGUACACCUGCUUGAGUCGCUGCCUGAGAUCUGCAAAGUUACGGGUUGGGAGCUUAUCAAAUCGGGAGAAACCUCAGCCACUGAGAUGACCACCCCCUAA